CCCGACCAACGUCAAAUGUCGGUGGAAAUUUUCUGUCAAUGGUUACUCUCCUCACCUUAUAGACGUCUAACCGCCAUUAGACGUGUGGAUUUGGUGAAGAGUACGGAGGCGAAAAGAGGGUUUCACGAGAGUUUGAUUUGCACGUUUGGGGGCCGUUGCAGGCUGAUGGGGGUAGUGAGGUAGCCGGUGGGGAGGCAGGGAAGGGAAAAGGCGCCAGAACAGUGGAAGUCGGGAUUGGGGCCAUGUUCACUAGUUGGAGGAUCAUCAUGGAGAGAUCUGGGACCUCUCCCGAGCAAAAGAAGUGAGUAAAAUACAUCGAGCUAAUUCCGAUCGUUUGAUUUAGCUAUUGGUUCACUUUGGUCGUUUGAACAUUGAGGAGCCAAGACAUCGCGGAGAUGACAAUCUCAGAUGCAAUGAAGGUUUUCAAUCCCGGUCCGGCAGAAGAUCGCGUUAUCAUCAUGCCAUGUCCCAAAGCCCCUACGGACCUUAGCGCACUCCCAUUCAUGAAGCGUCAAAGGAUCAUAAAGACUCUUCUCAUUCCUGAUGAUAUGUGGUACUUGGACCGUGCUCGCGGAGACCGUGAAGCCGCCCAACGAGCAGGCGAAUCAGUCCUACCCCCUCAUCAAUUCGACUACAACUUUAUGGCAGACGGCGACUUGGGCAAUUCGAGCUCGUAUCCACUUAUGCAACCUCUAUGCCUGGCGAUGGAAUCGACGGCACCGGAAUCGAAAAGCUAUCGUCUCUUGGCGACCAACUGCUACUUCUUCGCCCGAACAUUAUUCAACGCGUUGGAGUUGACCUAUGCUGGGCAAUGGGAACAUUCAAGGCUCAUCACGAACACGAGGAUGCACCUUAUCGAGAGUAGCAUUAAGCGUACAGUGUUCGCUGUGAGACCUGGGGAAAGCUAUAAACCUUUGCAGAAAGCAGCGCUCUACAUGAACGGGAUGUUGAACGGGACGUCCGAAACUGGGGAACUGAUCAAGAGGACGGCGGCGUUGUUGAACAAGAGCAUGGAGAAUACAGCAGACAUGGGGGAAUUGGUGGGAUACGCAGAAUCCCUUCCACCAUGAGAUGCUAGGAUUGUUGUAUUGAUUUCGCAAUAUAUAGAGCUGCUCAGGUGUUACUCUGGAGGGGAGUGAACGUGCAUGAACUAAAUGAUUUAGAGCCUUUGUGGUAAUUCGUCUUAGUCGGGUGUAUUCCAGGUCAAAGCAUGGAACUGAGUUCUAG